UGCUUUGAAGAUGGCCCAUGUCUUCCGGAUGUCAAAAGAAGCUACCAGAACCUCCUCGUUUUCUUUUCCUCUGUUCUUUCCAGAAACCUCUUCUUCUUCCUCCUCUCUCUCCACCCUAUAAAUCCACCGUCACAAUGCUCGAUUCAUCACACUGCAAUCACAAAAUAUCGCGAUUCUUAUUGGUAUCUUCCAACCUUGCUCCAAUUUUGGGAAAACAUCAUUAACAAAGUUCGAAAUGGAUAUCAGUCUGAUGGGUUUCGACACGCCGUUCUUCCGCAACCUCCACCACAUUCUUGAAGCCACCGACGACACCACCACCAACAACAAAUCAAGCAAUGCCGGACCUACUGGCGCUUAUGUCCGUGACGCCAGAGCAAUGGCUGCAACUCCGGCUGAUGUGAAGGAGUAUCCCAACUCUUACGUCUUCAUCGUCGACAUGCCUGGUCUGAAGUCCGAAGAUAUCAAGGUCCAGGUGGAGGAAGACAACGUGUUGGUGAUAAGUGGAGAGAGAAAAAGGGAACACGAUCAGGAAGAGAAGGAACGAGUUAAGUACGUGAGAAUGGAGAGGAGGAUUGGUAAGUUUAUGAGGAAGUUUGCGUUGCCGGAAAAUGCCAAUUUGGAGAAGAUAUCGGCGAUUUGUCAAGAUGGAGUGCUUACAGUGACGGUGGAGAAACUGCCACCUCCGGAGCCCAAGAAGCCGAAGACGAUUCAGGUACAGGUUGCUUGAAGAACAGAAACGGAGUUUGUAUGUGGUGAAAUUUCUUUUAAAGAUCCUGAAUCGUGUGAGAAGGAUCCUAGUGAAGUGCGAUCGAUAAUGUUGGUUAUAAGAACUAGUUGCUUCAUUGAUAUCUGUAAUGCUUUGUUAUUUUGAUCUGUAUUUCUAGUGUUAUUUCUUAUUUGUAUAAUCAAAAUAUUGUGGGUUUUUGAGACCAAA